AUGGCCCUGAGAGAGGAUUCUCAGCUCAGAUCCCAGAAAACCAUAAUUGGGGCUCCUCACCUCUCGGUUACUUCUGAGGACCCCCUGCAGGUAGUGCACAUUCCCAGGGCCCUACAGUGGCGGCAAGAACGGUCACAGAGCAGGCCUCAGAGUCCCCGGCGACUAAUGCUUGUGAGACCUGGACCACUGCUAGUCUCAGCGCGGAGGCCAGAGUUCAACCAAUCCGCACGCCUCACGCUGGGCCGUUGGGACUGUGAGCCUCUAGCCUCGCGUGGCUGGAGGCACCGGUGUUCGCGUCAGGAUCAUUUUUCUAUGGAGCGCGCGCAACACGAGCCGCCAGAGCUGCGGAACCUCUCUAGGUGCAGCUUCGAGGGCCUAGAUCUGGAUCCCCAUGUACUGCAUGCACUAUAGGAGGCUGUGCCAGAAGUCGUUCGCCCCGCAUCUGUGCAGUCAAGCACCAUCCCCGCGCUGCUUCGUGGCCGCCAUGUCCUUUGUGCCGCGGAAACCGGCAGUGGCGAGACUCUCGUCUACCUAUUACGUCUGCUUCAAUGGCUCAUGGGUCAGCCACUCCUGGACUCCCACCCUAUCCCCACACCCCAAGAAAUGGUCCUUGUGCCUUCGCGAGAACUAGCUGAACAGAUACACGCUGUGGCCCAGCUGUUGAGCAGCUCCUUGGGCCUACAGGUGCGGGAGCUAGGGGGAGGCCAUGGCAUGAGAAGGAUCAGGGAGCAACUAUCGAAACAGCAGUCAGCAGAUGUGCUAGUCGCCACUCCAGGAGCUCGGUGGAAGGCCCUGAAAGAUCAUCUGGUCAGUCUAGAGCAGCUCUCCUUCAUGGUGUUAGAUGAGGCAGAUACGCUUUUGGAUGAAAGCUUCCUAGAACUGGUAGACUACAUCUUGGGAAAGAGCCAUAUAGCUGAAGUCCCAGCUGACUUAAACAACUCUUUCAGUCCCAAAGUUGAGUUAGUGCUGGUGGGAGUCACCUUUCCUGAAGGUGUUGAACAGUUGCUAAGUAAAGUCACCAACCCAAACUCAGUAACCACCAGCACCAGCACCAAGCUUCACUGUAUCAUGCCUCAUGUCAGACAGAUAUUUAUGAGGCUGAAAGGAGGAGACAAAGUGGCAGAGUUGGUGCAGAUCCUCAAGCAGCAUGACAAAAAACACAAGACUGGACCCUCUGGAACUGUCCUAGUGUUUUGUAACAGCUCCAGCACUGCCAACUGGCUGGGAUAUAUUUUAGAUGACUACAAAAUCCAACACUUAAGUCUACAGGGAGAAAUGCCAGCUUCAAUGAGGGCAGGUAUCUUUCAGCGUUUUCAGAAGAGCUCCGACAUACUUCUCUGCACAGACAUAGCUUCUCCAGACCUGGACAGCACCCAUGUGGGACUAGUUGUCAAUUAUGAUUUCCCCCUCACCCUGCAGGAUUAUAUCCACAGAGCAGGGAGGGGCCAUGUGGGAAGUGAUGUGCCAGGCACCAUCAUGAGCUUUGUGACCCAUCCCUGGGACAUGAGCCUGGUACAGAAGAUUGAGCUCGCAGCUGGUCAAAGGAGAACCCUUCCAGGACUAGUGUCCUCAGCGGAAGAGCCUUUGUCUCAGCAAGCCUGAUUUGAGUUGGCUUAAGUGUGAUGUUAGAGCAGUGAUAUUUCUCCAUGACUUGGGUGGGUGAACACACUUGUAAGAACAAGGUUUGGGUUUGUCCUAUUGCCUCCCGGAGGGCAUGGUGAGCUGUUUGUGGCCUUGAAAGGUAAACUGUUGGCUAGGGUUAGAGGCUCUCUUUCAUGCAAUA